ACCUAUUGCGGACGUUAGCUUGUUUAACCGGACCUGUAGCGGCGUCUGCUCGUUCUUGUCGCCUGUCAAUUGGCUCAUCAUCUGGCCCCAAGUCGUGUUCAUUCCAACGGAAGUGACAAGCAUCCGAGCAUACCCAUCAACCACCUUGGUACCAGAAAUCAAAAAUGGGUUUUGCUUUGAAUUCACCUCAACAUGGUCGCUCUCCCCUGUCAUGCUGGAUUCAUAAAAUCAAUUGGUAAUAGGUGGCUGAUAACAUAUGAGAAAAAAUUGUUUCUAGGAUCUCAACCAUGUCUACUCCCUCAAAUAAUGAGAACAGUAAUAAAAAGCUCAAACGUGAGGCACUAAUAAAAUUGCAAGAAGUGUACAACAACUUCAGAACGAGGAGAAAGUCAGCAGAUUGUGCAGUUUUCAUUGAGCAGAUCUGUUGGAAGAUAUUAGAAUUUGACGAACUAAAACGGAGUUCUAUAUCGUUCUUUAAUAAAGAGAAACAUGAAACUGCUAUUUCUCGUUGGUUAAGAGCAACAACCAGAGCCGCCAAGGUAGGAAAAGGUUUAUCAAAGAAUGAUAAAGCUCUAAAGCUUACUUUGCAGCAUUGGCUUGAGGCGGUAAGUCAAGUGCUCUAGAAGGAGUUUAGUUCACUAAUGUUUUUUCAUUAGCUGUUUCUGAUUCUAAUUCUCUUUGUUUUUGUUUAGAUUGACCCACGGCAUCGAUAUGGACAUAAUUUAAAGUUUUAUUAUGAUAAAUGGUUUC